AGGAGGAGGUCGCAUGGUCGUGCUGGUACAAAAUGUACUGCUUUUUGUUUCAAGUAUUUCUUCUUGUGUAUGCAGGCCGGAAUCUUGAUCCAAGGACAUCAUACAUCAUGGAAUUUUUGAUCUCGCUACUGAUAGAUAGAGCUCGUCGUUUCUCCGACCUUGCUUCUGAUAUACAACCGCAGCACAACGGCUUGAUCGGUCAGAAAAAGCAAGAAGUAGUCUGUCGGAAAAAAAAUCAUCCACCGGCACAGUCGAGUCAAAAAUAUGUCGCUCCGGACUCUCUUUUCUGCCUUUGAGGAGCAACUUGCGCUGUUCAACGCCACCGCAACGCCUUCCGCCUCAUCAACAACUAGAGCGCAAGUAGCGACUGCAAGAACAAGUAUUACGCGGCCCACCGAGCAAGUCUUAGGAGGCGACACGGGCACGGGAAGUCUGAAACUACUACCUGGAGAAGCACACCAUGGGAAUCUGCUCUUGCCCAGUCAAGGCUCGAUGCAGAGUACCAGACGAAAAAACUUUGCUACGUCGCACCUAGAAACUCGUCCCGUACGAGAAGCUGGCACUCCUUCAGCCGGUACUGGGUUCUUGUUCAGGUUGCAGCAUCAUGCUGGAGCAGUUGAGCCUCCCGCUCCUGCAACCCGGGGAAUAAGAAGUAGCAUCCUUGCUGCUUCUGAUGUGGAAGCAGCAGCAAAUUCGAAAUUUCGAGCAUUGAAAACCAAAACUACAACCAAGAAAGCUGCAGGACGAGGACCGACUUCCUUCUACCUGGACUGUUCUGCGGAAUCGGGCGCCAUGGAGGUGAUGCCGCGGUCGGUGAAGAACAUGUGCCAGAAACUGCUGGACAAGUUUUACAAGAAGCGGUGGACCUACGGGUACUGGAUGCCGCUGAAGCUCAUUUACGACGACUGGACGGACCUGAUGAAGUUUCAAUUUAAGUGGCUGACGAAGAAGAACUACAACCCAAUCAUGCCGGAAGAGUUUCACUGGUUUUACAACACAAAAAGCCAGCAGUGGUCCCGGUGUACCGAGUGGCACAUGAACCAGUGCGGAAAAUUCACGGCCAAGUCGAGCUGGAUUCCGGAAAAGUUCCGAAAGAGGUUAUCCUGUGCAAAAGUAUCGUAUUCGUAUUGCAGUCAGGCACUAAGUACAAAUCUUUUUCUUGAGGUAACUCCGGAUUGCAUCUCAUGCUGAGGAAAUGAUGCACUUAUACGAGUGCGAUACUUUUGCAAUUCAUAGAGGUUCUGUACCGACGAUUGGUACGAAUGCCAAACGCUGGAAGAGCCCUGGACCUACUUCGGCUUCCCGUCGAUGCAGCAGUGGAACAGCAGUUGUGGGGUCGGGUAUUAACGUGAAAAAAGCCCCAACCCCAUACUCAAAAUGCAAUUUGUGUUGCUGGAUUUGUGUACAGAAAUGAACUUUGUAUUGCAGCAAGAGCUUGUCGGCAUCCUCUAAGCCCAUUUGGGUACGCAUCCGGCUAGCAGCUGAGCAUAAGAAACAAAUCUGGCAUAGGCGAAAACGCAUGGCAGACUCGCUGUACAUUGCGCCACAUGGAUGCCGUUUGCCUUGUACGCAAGACAAGGCUGAUUUGUGGCCACAAAUCAGCAUCACAGGUUUCCUUUUCGAUAUGGGGAGGGGAGAUUUUUCCUCACAAUACCGGGCCAAGUUUGCUGACACCGCUGCUAUCCGGGACCCCGCUGACGCAGUUGGGUAGCUGCAGUCGGGCAAGUGAGGUAAGGUCAAACUUUAUGUUUUCUUGAUAGAAUGGCAUGAAAAACGCGCGCUGUAAUGCGGCGAAAAUUUGUAUGCCUAUGGAGCAGUAGCAAGGACGCGGUGGCAUGACGAUGGUCCUCCACCUCGUUUCGGAACCGGUUCUAAUUCUUGUGACUCCUGCGAUAUAUUCACAAAAAAGAAAUAAAUCUAUCAAAACAGGUCUGCCUCGUGCCCACCUUUUCCGGGACCGGCGCCUACCAACACUACUUCCGCGCGGCCGCGAAGGCCGUUGGGCUGACGCAAGAGCAAUUGCAGUCCUGGACGAAUUUGCAGGAUUACCGUUGCAAGGACCUGGGAACGAAUUUGAACAAAGAAAUUUUGCAGAUGCUGGAACGCAGCCCGGACACGAGGUUGAAUACUUCCAAAUUGAACUGGCUCUGGGGGGACAAAACUGUGUUUUUCUGAUUUAUUUUACGUGGCGAUUGCUUUGUUUCAAUUUUGGAGACGGUUUUUGUCGGACUUGUCGGAAGAGUUCUGUGUGUAUGUACGAUUGUAUGUACGAUCUAUCCAACAAGAACGCGGUGCGUAUUCUAGUAUCAGUUUCUUUUUGAACUUUUUUUGCGGCACAGCAACAUGCACAGACAGGCCUCCACAAUGUUGCCCGGCCCUUGCCCAGGUCUAUGUAGUAUGACACUCGGCUCGGGAAACCUCGAGCUGCGCGAUUUUGAUUGCGCGACCAAUUUCGUCCGGUCAUUUCGGUUCCGCACCUCCCACUACAGAUAUAUUGAAU